AUGACUAGAAAGACGCCUAGUCAAAGACUGUUCAACAGCCAGCCGCACUCGGUUGACUGUGUUCCAAAAAGAGGCUUGAAAAGGAAAAUCGAGGAUUCGUCUCUGCCCCCCAAGCGAAGCCGGGCUCUUGCGCCGCCACGAGCCGGCAAUGCCGGCGAAGUCCCCAACAACGCACACAAUCCUGCAGACCCUUGGUCGCCCGAACGCAACGCUUCAGAGAACACCGGCAAACCAUCUGGGCCGGCCCCUCGCUCGUUCGAACCUCGCAGCCCUGAAGUCGACCAGACAGGGGUCUUAAUAAAGCAGCCGGAAACACGCCCAAUAUCCCAGGAACAGCUCGUCGCCGAGGUCAAAGGCAUAUACGCUGGCCUUUUGAUGGUCGAGAGCAAGUGCAUCGAGGUCGUCAAUGCGCAGGGUACUAAGGAGCCGCGGCCGAAGCUAAAUAACGAGCAGUGGCAAGCUUUGGUCGCGCUCCACCGAACGCUACUUCAUGAGCACCACGACUUCUUCCUGGCAUCGCAGCACCCGUCCGCGAGCCCCGCGCUGAAGCAGUUGGCGAGCAAGUACGCCAUGCCGGCGCGCAUGUGGCAGCACGGCAUUCACUCGUUUCUAGAGCUUCUGCGGCACCGCCUACCUUCGUCUAUGGACCAUAUGCUUCACUUCAUCUACCUGGCUUACUCGAUAAUAGCGUUGCUUUAUGAGACGGUGCCGAUAUUUGAGGAUACUUGGGUUGAGUACUUGGGUGAUCUUGGGAGAUAUCGUAUGGCCAUUGAAGGCGACGACUGGAAGGACUGUGAAGUUUGGACAUCCAACAGCAUGUAUUGGUAUUCAAAAGCAAGUGAUAAGGCACCUACAGCAGGACGACUAUACCACCAUCUUGCUAUUCUUGCGCGGCCACAUAGGCUCCAUCAGCUCUUCUAUUACUCAAAGAGCCUCUGUGUCCCUAUUCGCUUUCAACCAGCCCGCGAGAGCAUUAUGACUCUUUUUGCCACCCAGCUCCAAGAUACUGAUGAUGCUUUUAUCCAAGCCCAUGGUAUCCUCUUCUCUGGGCGUAGCCAAGAACUCGCACCCCCUGUGGACAGGUUCAUCGCCAAUCUUGAUAACUAUAUCGGACGGACGACGCGACGAUGGAUGGAGAGUGGGUGCCAUGUUAGCAUCACACUUGGCUGCUCCCUUCUCGAAUACGGCAGCGAAUCUAACGUCCUUAUGCGAUCGAUCAAGCCAGGGGGUACACAGGGAGGUCACGCUGCCGCCCCAUCCCAACAGUUUCUUGAUGCCCUGGACUUCACCUGCCGCACACACGACGUUGUCUUUCGACGCUUCGGCGACCAAAGCGUUACCCCUUAUCUCCACGUUACCCUCUCUUUCCUCUACUACUUUUCAAAAGUCGCCGCCAUUACUUAUAUCGAAGCCAAGAUCCCCUGGAAACUUAUCUCGUCUAUGCUCAACGCGCUGGUCGGUACCUGUUCAGACUUUGAUAGCAUUAAAGAUACGAAGUUUCCCCCGAGGAAAAGCCCACGACCAUUGCCGGACGACUUCGCCCAGCGCGGUCUCAUUUGGGCAGAGAACUACUACCCCGACGACUGGUUCACUGCCGCGAUCGAUUACGACGAGAAGUGUUUCGAAGUGGCAUCCAUGAUGGAAGAGAGACAGGACCGAUGUCUAUGGUUAGGACAUCGCAUAGCAACAUCAGCCUCAGGCAGGUGGCUGACGUACGACAAGCAUACGAAGCAGUUCAGUGUCGCGGCGCAGUAUGAUGUCGACAUUGACGGCUUGACGACGGUCUAA